GUAGGUGGCAGUCAUAUAUCUAUCUACAGCCUCUGAAAACAAUUGCACAUCAAACGAAACCAGUUUGCCAAUGCGUGUAUGUGUGAGAGUGUGUGUGGUGUGUGUACGGUGUGUGUGUGAGAGAGUAUGUGUGUGUGCUUUUUCCAGAGUUGCUGCUGCUGUGCUUUGUGUUGGCAGGAGGUGAGGAAGUUGCAGCUGUCAGCCCACAGGCUGCUCUGAGACUGCUCAGGCUCCAAUAUGUUCUUACCGCUGUCCUGAAGCCUAAACAAAGGCCAGGAGGUCAGUAAGAUGAUACCUCAUCCUUGAAAGAGAAGACAGGAGCAGCAGAGACCGUCACUCCUAACAGAACAAUGGAACUUGGAAUAUUUGGCUGACACAUGCAUGGAAUGUCAAAGCUGACAGGAGAGGAGGGCGUCCACAGCAAGGUUCCCCAGUUUCUGGUGGGCUUUGAGGAUAAUGAGUGUAAAGAAGUGUUCAGGGGAAACAUGAGGAACAGUUCGGAUCUCUACGAUGAAGAGGAGGAUGAGGAUGAUCUGGUCUCGGAGCGCCAGAUCGUGGUGGGAAUCUGCUCCAUGAUGAAGAAGUCCAACUCUAAACCCAUGACCCAGAUCAUGGAGCGGCUCUGCAAGUUUGAAUACAUUACUGUGGUCAUCUUCCCAGAGGAUGUCAUACUCAAUGAGCCGGUGGAGAAGUGGCCCCAGUGCGACUGCCUCAUCUCCUUUCAUUCCAAAGGAUUUCCUCUGGACAAAGCCGUGAGUUAUGCCAAAUUGAGGAACCCUCUUCUCAUCAAUGACCUCAACAUGCAGUACUUCAUUCAGGACAGGAGGGAAGUAUACCGCAUUCUACAGGAGGAGGGUAUUGACCUGCCACGCUAUGCUGUGCUCAACCGGGACCCUGACAGACCUGAAGAAUGUAACCUGGUGGAGGGAGAUGACCACGUUGAGGUGAAUGGGGAGGUUUUUCACAAGCCGUUUGUGGAGAAGCCAGUUUGUGCAGAGGACCACAAUGUCUACAUCUAUUACCCGACCUCCGCUGGGGGAGGCAGCCAGAGGCUUUUCAGGAAGAUCGGGAGCCGCAGCAGCGUGUAUUCCCCCGAGAGCACUGUUCGUAAGACUGGGUCUUACAUUUACGAGGAAUUUAUGCCUACAGAUGGUACAGAUGUUAAGGUGUACACAGUAGGACCCGACUAUGCUCAUGCAGAAGCCCGGAAAUCUCCUGCUCUGGACGGGAAGGUGGAGAGAGACAGCGAGGGGAAGGAGAUCCGGUAUCCAGUCAUGCUCACUGCUAUGGAGAAACUAGUGGCCCGUAAAGUGUGUAUGGCCUUUAAGCAAACGGUGUGUGGUUUUGACCUCCUCCGAGCAAAUGGACACUCCUUUGUCUGUGACGUGAAUGGUUUUAGCUUUGUAAAGAACUCCAUGAAAUACUAUGACGACUGUGCCAAAGUGCUGGGGAACAUGGUAAUGCGAGAGCUGGCUCCUCAGUUCCACAUCCCCUGGUCCAUCCCAAUGGAAGCAGAGGACAUCCCUAUAGUCCCAACUACCUCAGGAACCAUGAUGGAGCUCCGCUGUGUGAUAGCAGUAAUUCGCCAUGGGGAUCGAACCCCCAAACAGAAGAUGAAGAUGGAAGUGAGGAAUGCCCUGUUCUUUGACCUGUUUGAAAAGUAUGGUGGCUACAAGACAGGCAAGCUUAAGCUCAAGAAGCCAAAACAGCUCCAGGAAGUUCUGGAUAUCGCCCGACAGCUCUUGGCUGAACUGGGUCAACACAACGACUGCGAGAUUGAAGAGAAGAAAUCUAAACUGGAGCAGCUGAAGACGGUCCUGGAGAUGGAGUCCAGCCUGAACGAUAAUCAGUACGGCCAUUUCUCCGGCAUUAAUCGAAAAGUACAGUUGACCUAUCUGCCCAACGGCCAGCCAAAGGCAUCGAGUGAGGAGGAAGACUCUCUGAAGGAGGGUCCGUCUCUGCUGCUGGUUCUGAAGUGGGGAGGGGAGUUGACCCCAGCAGGCAGAGUGCAGGCAGAGGAGCUGGGGAGGGCCUUCCGCUGCAUGUAUCCUGGAGGACAAGAUAACUACAGAUCCCUUGGCUGUGAGUCCCCUAUUGAGUGCGGUGACUAUGCUGGCUUCCCCGGCUGUGGCCUUUUGCGUUUACACAGCACCUACCGCCACGACCUCAAGAUUUACGCCUCUGACGAAGGCCGCGUUCAGAUGACAGCUGCUGCCUUUGCGAAGGGUCUGUUGGCCCUUGAGGGCGAGUUGACCCCCAUCCUGGUGCAGAUGGUGAAGAGCGCCAACAUGAACGGCCUGCUGGACAGUGAUAGCGACUCGCUCACAGACUGCCAGCAGAGGGUCAAAGCUCGGCUUCAUGAGAUUAUGCAAAAGGACCAGGACUUUACUGGGGAGGAUUACCAGAAGCUUGCCCCAACUAGCAGCCCAUCUCUGGUCAACUCAAUGAAGAUCAUCGGGAAUCCUGUCAAGACAUGUGACCAGGUUUAUGCACUCAUCCAGAGCCUCAACUGUCAGAUCCGCAAACGGCUGGAGGACCCCAAAUCUGCAAAUCUGCAGCUGUAUCACAGUGAGACCUUGGAGCUCAUGCUGCAGAGAUGGUCCAAACUGGAGAGGGACUUCCGCAUGAAGAACGGCCGGUAUGACAUCAGUAAAAUCCCAGAUAUCUAUGACUGUGUGAAGUAUGACACCCAGCACAACAGCUCUCUGGGCCUGGAGAACAUGCUGGAGCUCUUCCGGCUGUCCCGUGCUCUCGCCGAUAUCAUUAUUCCUCAGGAAUACGGUAUCAAUAAACUGGAGAAGUUGGACAUUGCCAGUGCCUACUGCCUGCCCCUAAUGAAGAAGAUCCAGCUGGACCUUCAGAGAACGCAUGAAGAUGAAGCAGUCAACAAACUUCAUCCACUGUACUCCCGAGGUGUGAUGUCUCCGGGUCGCCAUGUGCGGACCCGGCUGUAUUUCACCAGUGAGAGUCACGUCCAUUCCCUGCUGAGCAUAUUCCGCUAUGGAGGCCUCCUUAAUGAGGAGAAGGACGAGCAGUGGAAGCAAGCCAUGGACUACCUCAGUGCUGUAACUGAACUCAACUACAUGACUCAGAUAGUCAUUAUGCUGUAUGAAGACAACAAUAAAGAUCCAUCCUCAGAGGAGCGUUUCCACGUAGAGCUGCACUUCAGUCCGGGGGUCAAGGGCUGCCGAGAUGAAGAGAACGCACCAAUGGGCUUUGGGUUCCGCCCUGCCUCUGUUGAGAACCAGGAGAAGCAGACAGAUUUGGGCAGUCUGGAGGAUUUGUCUCAGGAUGAGCCUGAUCGAGCACUGCUUACUGAACCCCUAAGCAUUCACAGAAAAUCUCCACUCAUUCGAAACCGCAAAGCUGGAUCCAUGGAGGUCCUCUCUGAGAGCGGCACGUCCUCUCGCGGUGCAUCCUAUCGUCUCUUUCCUUCAUGUUCCCGCCAGUCCCCCGAGAUCAAGUCCAGUGGCCUCGGCUCUCUGUUCACGGGCCUCUUCAGUGCCUCUUUCCGGGGGGUGUCCUCCAGUGCCCCCAACCUGCGGGAGUUAGCCCGAACCCAGCGCAAAAAGACCACCUCCCCCAGGCGGUCUAAUAGAGACGAGUUGCUCUCAAUGCCGGCAGUAAAGAGGUUUUCAGUGUCGUAUGCCAGGCAUCCAACUAAUGAGGCUUCAGAGGAGGAGCAGCAGGUAGCUGAAUUACUGGGUGAUCUCUCAGCUGAUCCGGCGUUGACUCAUCACCUUCAUCGCUGCUCCUACCACCUCCGCCUCUUCACUUCCUGGCUGCGUUCCCAUCCGGAGCCACUCGACUGUUUUUCUGGGUUUGAAGGCUGUUCCAUGGUGCCCUCUAUCUACCCGCUGGAGACACUGCACAACUCCCUGUCACUGAAGCAGGUGGACGAGUUCCUCAACAAAGUGUGUGAGAGCAGGAGUGAGACGCUCGCCAAGACUUUGAAGUCUCUAUCAGCCAUGUUUGAAUCCCAGAUGAUCCAGACCUCUUUAGAGACUGAGAGUCCAGCCAGAUCCAGCUCUUCUAUAGCUCCUCCACCGCAGCAGCAGCCUUCCCGGCCUUUCUGGUAUACCAGUGGUCCACCCAGCACUGUGUCUAGUUCAGAACCUUCAUCCCCAUCAGUGGCAGAGCCUUCAUCAAACUUCAGCUUCAGCAGCGAGUAGAUCUCCUACACACAUACACCACCACCUGCCUUAAUCCUCACGUUAACAUUACUUUCUAAUCCUGCCCUGAAACCAGCCUUCCCCUUUUUCUUCUGAGUGAAGCUAAUCCCAAGUUCAGGAGAUGGUAUCUUCAUCACUGCGCCACAGAGACUGCUGAUCUCCUCGCCUUUGCACUUUCUAUAUUUCCUCCAGUAAUGCAGAGCCGCUCUGGCUUCAGAACCAGAGCAGUACUUGGCCUGUCAGCCUUCAGAGGAAGAGCACUGAAUCCAGUAAUUAGUUGCACUUCAAUACCUCUGUGCCCCGAGGAACUGAGAUCUUAAUUAUAGUCCAUACUGAGCAGUAGGGAGACGGGGGACUGGAAUACACACUGGUAAUUGUCCCUUCCCUCAGCUGAUUGCAGUUAUCACCUCUCCACAUCUGCUCCGGGGAGAUUUCACUGGACGACGUAACCUCACUCCAAUCCAGGCAAUGCUUAGAAGAUGCAGGUAGACCAAUCGGAGCACAGUUUUGUUGAGCUUUUUGAGGAGGCGUUUUGGAGGCGUGGAUGUCUCCAACUUUAGCACUCAGCUGAGAUUCAGCUGAGUCAUGAUGCCAGCCAGUACAGGGUGCAGAAAGAAUACUGCAGCCAGCUGAUCAAGCACAAAUCUUUUUAAUCACUGCUUCUGUAUUUUUAUGAGAUUCAUUUUUUUAAUACUGGGGAUUACGUUUUUAGGGUUGAAAAGUGUAAUCGAACUCGUUUUAACGAGGGAGGAAGACUUGAAUGUAAUGAAAAUAUAUUUGUUUGGCUUAAUUAUUUCAAUAAGAGUAUUUUGAAAAUGUACUUUGGUACCAACAGUGCCUUAUCCUUAUUGUUUCUUCUUUUCAUUUGUUUGUCUUUACUCUGUAACUACAGGUAGUUGAUACAGACAUCUCUUCAGUGCAUAUUUAAGAGCUGUCUCUGUUCAUGUCCUUGAGAGCUUGUCAAGAAUGUUUAAGUACUCACUGCCACACAAAACCCUUGUACAACUACACAGACCAUGGAAGAAAUCUUGUUAUUUCUUAUUUAGUUUCAGUGGAAGUCAAUGUAAAAAGCUAUUCCAAGUCAUUUAGGAGAAUUCCUAUUGGUAAAUUCAAAAUAAUAUUUUAACACAAUUUAAAGAACAGCUGCUAAAGUCAUAAAGUCACAUUCUAUCAAAAAGAUACAAACAACAAACAGACAAACCAAAAAUGGUGGUACAAGGUUUUUGCGUGACAGCUUUGAAAUAUUUGUGUUCUGCUGUCCUUGCCAAAGGGUUACUCUUUACUAAUUGAAUAUUUGAUUUAUUUAAUGUUAGAAAAUUUCAAAAUCAUAUAUUUUAAUAAUAAAACUGUGUGUAAAGAUUA